AUGACUCAUAGUAACCUUGACGGUGAAAAUAAUAGAAAUGAACAAGAUAUCGAACACGAAAUUGAACCUGAUGUUAUGGAAGACUUGGACUCAAAUAUAUGGUAUAUUCAAGAAGAACAACCAAGGAAUAAGGAAAUAUCAUUUGAACCCCCUAUUAUUGACAAAAAAUUAUGGUCCAACAUGCCAAAGUAUGCGAGAAAACAGGAUAAGGCUCUCCGAUGCAUUGCAUACAAAUUCUCUUCAGCUGUUAGACCUAUCGACAACACCCUUCGUAUGGUCUACGCGUCAAAACUGAAUUCUAAUGAAGAAGACCAGCAUAAUGUCUGGUUACAUCUGGAACAGACGGUCCUCAAUACCAGGGCUUUGGUAUUGGAUUCACUCUCAUAUGUUAAUGAGGUACGCUGUGAACAGGCACUCAAAGCUACUAUAUUUCCUAAUUAUCAGAAACCUGUUAGGAAAGAGGAGGAAAAACGAAGUAUAAACCUGGACAGGGUAAAUUUUAAAAUUCGGGAAAAGAUUUUUAAGGUGAUCGUUCAACUCAGCAGAGUUAAUGAAGAAUCAACCGAAACAAAUACGGUCCAUUAUGGUUAUUCUCCAGAAUGGAAACAGUUACCACCUUUAAGAAUUCCUAUUUCAAAACAGAAAUACAGUGAAAAAGAUUUGCCUAUAUUUCAAAAGAAAAUCAACAGUUUAUUAGAAAAUGGAAUGAUUCAAGAGAUAGAUCCGGAUAUCCCAUGCUUUACAUCUAAUCUUUUUAUAAUCCCAAAGAAAACAGGCGACUUUAGAGCCAUAAUCGACUUAAGAAAAUUGAACCAGUCUAAAUCAAGUGUUUUAUCGUAUACCUUUAUCCUUACAUCAAAUGCAAUAUUUUGCCUUCGAUUAUCUCAACAAACAUUAUUGUUUUGCAUGUCUUCCAUUCGGCCUAACUGCAAGUCCCAGAGACUUCAUCAAAAUUUUGAAACUGAUCAUAGAGAUAGCAAGAAAGAUGGAAAUACAGGUAGUGGCAUACCUAUACGAUAUUUUGGUCAUGACUUCAUCAAAAAGCUAAAUACAAGAAGAUACAAACUGUCUAAUCAGAUGUUUACAGGGAUACAAGUUUACAAUAAACACAAAGAAAUCAUGUCUAAAUCCCUCACAAGUAGUCGACUACUUAGGUUUCCAGAUAAAUUCAAAGCUAAUGACUCUCAAACUUCCAAAGAAGAAAGUGAAGGAUUUGAUCUGAGAAUGUCUAAGGGCAAAGAAAACGAGAUCAAUUUCAAUACGAAAACUAGCAUCAUUAAUAAGAAAGCUAAUAGCGACCACAAAUGCAAUACUUUCAGCAAGACUGCAUUCCAGAGUCUUACCAUGCGACAAAAAUUAUGGUCUGAAAAGGAAAGGUUGGAACGGCACAAUAUGUUUAUCAGAGGAAAGUCUAAAUCAACUAAAAUGGUGGAUUUUAGAACUACCAAAAUGGAAUGGAAAGAUCAACAUGAACAGCAUUUACAUAUCAACCAACUUGAGAUAAAAGCAAUUUAUUUUGCUCUCCGAUCAUUCAGGACUAUAAUGAAUCAAACUAUCUUAAUAAAGACAGACAACACAACUUGUAUAGCUUAUAUAAAUCAUCAAGGAGGAACAGUUUCGUCAGCUCUAUCAAUGAUUGCAGAGAACCUUUGGAACUUAUGCUUUGAGAAGAAACAUUCGCUUACAAGCAGAAUAUAUUCCAGGAUUUUGAACACGUCAGCCGAUCAUGCAUACAAAAUGAAAGCAGAUCGCAACAAUUGGAUACUGAAACAGGAAAUCUUUCAUCAACUCAACAAGAUUUGGGGACCAUAUCAAAUCGACUUGUUUGCAAACCGUCUGAAUGCUCAAAUACCAACAUAUUUUUCGUGGAUACCAGACCCUUUUUCAACAGCAGCAGUCAGCCCCUUGGUUUCCUCUUCUGCUGCAACUGUUAAUAGCUCCACCAAUCAAGCUAAUAUCUCAGAAAAUAUAUCAGACUCACGAAACACCAUUCUGAAACCCAAAAUGGAGGAUCCUCAUAUGCAACAUCUCAGGACACGGGUAUGGGUUUCUUGGUGCAAUGUACACGAAUUGGAUCCCAUUACUUGCACUAUAAGUGAUAUCAGUGAAUUUUUUGCAGAUAUGCUUAACAAAAGAAUGGCAUUUAAUACAAUUGCCAGUUAUAGAACUGCAAUUAGUGAAGUUCAUGAUCAUGUAGAUUGA